ACGUUGUGUGACCUGAUGCUUGUCGUUUGCUGUAUGAACAUUAUGUGUUAUGCCUCAUGGAGCAGUGAAGCGGAGAAAAAUCGAGCAACUGAACUGAGAGCUGCAGUAGACAUACAGAGUGUGUGGAGGGCCUACUUUGUCCGCCGAAAUCUGUGGCGGCUUCGAUCUGCAGCAGCCUCUAUACAACGGUACUACAGAGGGCAUCUUGGCAGAGUCAGAGCAGCUCAGUUUCGCAGAGAAAGAGAUGCUGCUCUCAGGUUGGCAUACUUCGACAAGGCAGCCACUGUAAUCCAAAGGAUGUUUAGAGGGUACUGGAGCAGAAAAUACAUUCACUCCUACUACAAGAGGGCAGAGUACUUGGCGACCGUGCUGGCGAGAAGCGCAAGGGUGAGAGAAGAGGCGAAGAAACAUUACGAAGAAACGUUAUCUAAGUUGAAUAAGGAUUGGAGUGACGAUGUCAUCCGACGGUUCAAAGAAGCGCUGGCGAAUAAGCAUCAUCUGGUGAGCACCAAUGCCAUAAGAGGGGUGUUCAAUUCCAUCUUUGCGCAGCUGAUGGGUGAAAUCCCCACCUCAGGAGGCAUUCCCCUAGAGGGCCACCUAUGGACCGCAAUGAAAGAGAGGGUCGAGAAGACCCUCAAGGAAAGAAAAAAGCAGCUAUCGGCAGCUCCAAAGGGGCAAUUUGGGACUAAGGGGGUGGUCCCAUCAAGCAGCAUGGGCACUCAAGAACGGUUGUAUAUCAGCUCAAGGGAUCCCGACAACCUGGUCAAGGUCCUGUCACCUGACUCAAAGACCAAGGCGAAGUGGAAGGCGGGGAUUAUCGACUAUCGAUUGAGUCUCAGCUUUGCUGGGGGGGUUUACGGCACCUUGUCGUUGAGAGCACAGGAGCCGUACGACGCACUGCAUAAAGCCCAAGAAGCUGAACGACUGGCCAAGAAACUGUCAUGCCUCUCCGAAAAGCCUUUCAUAAGUACGUUUUCGUCCAACACGGGUGUAAUUGGAGGGCCGAUCGGGGAGACGAUUCGCAUCUCCUCGAAUUACAACCUGGAGAACGAGAUACGGUCCAUGGAGAGAAGGGAAUCGUUUGAAAAACAGAUGAAGAGUGCAAUUGACAUCAUUAGUGGCGCGAUGGAUUUGGCGGGGGAGCUACAACAUGAUGCGGAGGGGUGGUUAAUCACCCUGGAGGACGGACGCAAGCAGCUGCAGGCGAUUGUGGGGGUGCUGUCUUCGCGGUGGCGGGAGGGGCUGAUGAGCGCAGGGCGGGAGCUCUCUUUGGCUCAGUGGUUGGACGGAAGGACCCAGGAUAUGUUGGAUGUUAUGUGGGAGCUGGAGGAGGAGCCGGAUCCUCGGCUCGAAGCUUACAUUGACUGGAGGCAGGCAGAUGAGAUGAUGGGUGACUGCAACGCCCUCUUCCGAGAGGGCCGUGAUCUGCGCGAUCAGUUGGAGGAUCAGCAGGCAACGGACGAGAUGGACGAUAAGAUGAAAGCUGGGAGCACAGGUUGGUGGCCGUGCAUGACGACGGACGUGAACGAGAAGGAAGAAAUGAUGCCAGCACCGAUGGUAACUGCGGCAGCCGCGGUGGCAUAUACAACAAUAACAACAACAACAACAACAACAACAACAACAACAACAACAACAACAACAACAAAACCAGCAAAAAUUGCGACAUCAUCAUAGUCGAUAGUGACAACAAUAGCGGUACAGGCAGCCGCGACGACAACAGCGAUAACAGAGGCAACAACGGCAACGGCAACGGCAACGGCAACGGCAACAACAACGACAACAGCUGUAAUAGCAACAUCAACAACAACAACAACAACAACAACAACACUGACAUCGACAAUGACCACAACAACGAGAUCAGCAACAACAACGGAAGUCACAACAUCAACACCAGCGCAGAGGGAGAGAACUUGUGGUCUGAUGAGGAUGGCGAGCAGGGGCUUGGGGUUAAUUGUGCGAUUUACUGUCUCCCCCCCCUUCUGUCCAGUAUUUUCACAUGUUGAUCCGCUCCUCUUCGUCUGCCACCGGGUGGGAGUAGAUUAGAUGAUCUCCCCUUUAUAGAUUGGAGUUGUCCGGCCCUCAACUUCCAAUCAUGCAGGGGUGUUGAUUGCCCCCCAGGGGGAGAUAGGUUGUUUAGGGUUUCGUGUCUUGGUUUGAUCGAUAAGAUUGGGCUGCAUGGGCAGGAGGUCAAUCCUUCCCCUAAGCGUGGAAGUAAUCAAUGCCUCUGCUCUUUAUGGAGAUACGGUAGAUGUGGUCGAUAGGGUUUUCCCUUCAUGCAACAUAUAUUGAUUGACGAACAUAUACACACAGUAUUGGAUGCACAGUAUGACAUAUCCACACAUCACUGUAUAGGGACGCUGGACCCGAUUUCCAGCUGAUACACUUCACAUCAUUGUACAGGGACGCUGGACCCGAUUUCCAGCAGGUGCAGCUCCCCACCAAUAGAUGGAGCCUUCAACGCUGGGGCCUACUUAUCGAGGCUGCUCUUAUCACCUCGUUAAGAAGGAUCAUUGGCAUUAAAAAAAAAAAAAAAAAAGUAGGUUUUCCCACAUAUGCAGUUUAACCAAAAAAGGGAAAAAAAAAAAAAAAAAAAAACCACUUCCACUGCCUCCAUUCAUUAAUACAACAUCAAUGUAGUCUCACUCCUGGCCGCUUGACCGCCCUCUCUACCACCUCUGCUCCUACCAGUCUAGCCUAUCACAUGUCACACUCUGUCCGCGUGUCACUUGCCUAUCACCAGUCUAGUCAAACAGAUCUUCCCGGUAAACCAUAGGCAGAGAGGGAGAAGAGGACAACGAACGAGGGGCAUAUAUAUAUAUAUAUAUCGUCACAAACAGAACUGCCCGGUAAACCGUAGGCAGAGAGAGAGAAGAGGACAACAAACGAGGGGCUGUGACAAACUGUUUCGUCGGAGUUUCACCGACUCAUAUAUAUAUAUAUAUAUAGUUUUUUGAAAUCAGAAAUAUAUAUAUAUAAUGAUGACAAUCACAUAUCCAACAUCAGCAAAACCGAUUUCGAAUAAUCGUCCAGAAAACACUCACAGCCUGGUGAAGCAGCACCUGAGCCCGUAAGACGGCUCAAAAUGGAUUCACAGAAGACGGAGAUUGACGGAUCUAGCACCAUAUAGCUCUUUGUUGCACUACAGCAGCUUAUGUACAGCUUCCCUAUUCUCUAUUAACAAAGGCUGACACAGUUG